UCAUGGCAACUGCUUCUUUAACUCCACUCUCCCCCGUCUUCUCGGCCUCAAACAGUUCAAAAUCUCCAUCAAUUCUUUCAUUUUCUUCAGAAUUUCAUUCCGUCUCGACGAGUUCAACUAAAAUUUCUGGAGAAUUUAAUCAAUGUCGAAAACAGAUAGCUCGCAGAAGAGAAUUCCUCAAAGGAAUCGCCUUAGUUCCAUUUAUUUGGAGGGAGCCUCCCAUUUCCGAAGCUCGUGAGGUCGAAGUUGGUUCCUUUCUCCCUCCAUCUUCGUCUGAUCCUUCCUUCGUUGUCUUUAAGGCAACGUCGAAGGAUACUCCCGCUCUUCGUGCAGGAAAUGUGCAGCCUUAUGAGUUCAUCCUCCCACCCACUUGGAAACAGACACGUGUUGCCAACAUACUAUCUGGAAAUUACUGUCAACCCAAAUGUGCAGAACCUUGGGUGGAGGUGAAAUUUGAAGAUGAAAAGCAGGGAAAAGUUCAGGUUGUCGCCUCUCCAUUGAUACGCUUGACCAAUAAACCAAACGCUACAAUUGAAGAUAUUGGGAGCCCUGAGAAGGUGAUUGCUUCACUGGGCCCCUUUGUCACUGGGAACACAUAUGAUCCUGAUGAGCUCAUUGAAACUUCAGUUGAAAAGCGUGGCGAUCAGACGUAUUACACUUACGUGCUGGAGACUCCAUAUGCAUUAACAGGUUCACACAACCUUGCUAAGGCCACUGCCAAAGGAAACACAGUCAUCUUAUUUGUAGCAAGUGCAAAUGAUAAACAGUGGCAGACAUCUCAGCAAACACUCAAGGCCAUACUUGAUUCCUUCCAAGUGUAAUUUUGUAAGAGGAAAGAAAAAGAAAAAUUAAAUGUUCCAUUAUUUAUUGAUGAAUAUUCAACUUACAUGUAUAUGGCAGCACGAAACCAACUGGAUGAUUCUCAACCAAUCACCAAAUUUUUGGAAGGUUUGCUGACAAAUGUAAGGUAAUAUACAGCUUUGAGUUAAGACAUAUGAGGGAUAUUCAGAAACUAUGUUGCUCUGAUUGAUUCAAGUAUAUUGAAGUCUCCGGAUAAAGGUCUA